AUGCUCCUCUUCCACAACCACAACCUCUACUACGAUAACCAGGACAGCUGUGACGAUGCGCUCGGUGAGUCACAGCCGGCCAAAGCGCAGAUCUCUCUGUGCCGUCCAAGAGUAGCCGUUCUGCUCGUUGGGUCAUUCAUGGGGCGCAUGGUUGCGUCCAUCAACUUCUGUCUCAACACCUGGCAUCAGGCAUCUGGCGUGAAAGAGACCCUACCUUGA